CUAUUUAAUGUCUGCAGGCGGCUCCAGACGUCACUCUGCAGCCUGGUGUCCGAGUCAAACUUCUGCAUCUCAGCUGGCCUUUGUCUGAGCUCCUAAAAACAUGUCGGACAAACCUGACGUCAAGGAAGUGGAAACCUUCGACAAAUCUAAGCUGAAGAAGACUGAAACCCUGGAGAAGAACACACUCCCAACCAAAGAAACAAUCCAGCAGGAAAAGACCCAAUGAUUGACUAAACACCCAGUUCCCCCCUCACCGUGGUCCAUCAAGCUGCAGUAUGUCCAUCACACCUGCUAUUACAUUUCCAUGCCGUAAUCGGCUCUGUACAGAAAUGGAAGUCUGGCUUGGACUUGUCUUGUGGUGCAGAGUUAUUGCCUUAAACAUUUGGAGGACCUACGCUCAAUGAGAUGUAGCGCUCUGGGCACAAGCAAGCUGUUUUUGUAAGAGUUUGGGAAUUCACAUGUGGUAAAUGCAAAUAAAAAUUGUUUUCUUGG